AGCUCGAAAGCCCCACCCCAACAAGCUUCCUUCUGUCAGUUGCAGGAACAGGGUUCUGAUUGGAGCGACAGGUGGGUCAUAUGAGGAGUGGGGGGGAAACCGAAAGACGGCCGGGGGCCCCAAUCUCAGACCCUCCAGCUUCGAGGUCGCAGUCGAGGUCGAAGUCGAGGUCCUCCCAAGCCGGCGCCAAAGUUGAGAGGAUUCCGCAAACCUAAACCCGAACCCGAACCCGAACCGGUAUCUGUCUCUCGUCAGUCUCUCGACUUCCCAGGCUCACAGCUGAGAAGUUGUGCCAGAACGGCGCAAAGCGGUUCCCCCUCCGCCGCAGACAGACCGCCAAUGAUAGUGCGGUAGGUGACAGCAUCCAUCUUGCACCUGACUGCAACCAACCGAAUCGUUUGCCAUUCCUUCGGAGCUCGCCCAACAUGUCGUACUACUUCGUGAUAAUCGGCACGCAAGACAACCCGCUCUUCGAGCACGAAUUCGGAACCUCGAAGCAGGGCGGAGACGGGCUGUCGCGGUUCAGCGACGAGUCGCGACACAUGAACCAGUUCAUCGUCCACUCAUCGCUCGACAUCGUGGAGGAGGUGCAAUGGGGGACUGGUCAAAUGUACCUCAAGAACAUCGACCGCUUCUUCAACUCGUACAUCUCGUGCUUCAUGACGCCGAGCAACACCAAGUUCCUGCUGCUGCACCAGCCCAUCCCGCCCACCGGAGGUUCCCCGCAGACCGAGGAGGCCGUCAAGAACUUCUUCACCGAGGUCUACGAGAACUGGGUCAAGGCCAGCAUGAGUCCCUUCUACCGCCUCAACCAGGAGAUCACCAGCCCCGUCUUCCGCCAGAGGAUCGCGGCCGCGGGGCGCAAGUAUUUGUAA